UACGUCAUUGGUCUGAUAAAACGCGAUAUUGUUCACGAGUGGUGUGAUUUGUUUUGGUGUUUGUAUCCGUGUAGCGUUUGAAUUGAUAAAAAAAUUAUAAUUAAGUGUUUUAAAUUUCGGGUUUUGUGUGAUUGCUGUCAUUUUAGAUUCUCUAGCCUUUUUUUCUGAAAUGAACCUUAGUUUUAUUAAACCAAUAUCUCAAUAAACAAUUUUGUACAAUGCAGCAAUUACAAAAUUAUUUAAUAAAUAAACUGAAUUGUAAUAAGGAAAUCCCUUGUUGAGUAAAAACAGUGCGUACCUACUAGGAACUUUUUUAGUUCACGCGUAACCGUGGUCCCAGGUGGCAAUUAUUUCACAUGCAAAGCACAUAACGAUGACCACAUUUCCAACAUAUUAAGUGACAAACAAAAUGUAUAAAGUGAUCUUACUCUUGGUGCUCAUUUCGAUCUGUGACUGCAAAAAGUGCGACUUCAAUACCUCAGUGGACAUUACCAAUGGAAUUCGAUUGAAUGGUGUUAUUAGUUACAAUGGCUUCAGUUACGAUGCUGCUGAACAUUUCUUUGACGCUCGCAGUGCAACUGAAAGAGGCUGUAUAUGCAACAAGAAGACUUGCUUGAAAAAGUGCUGUCCCCACGGCCAAGCUUACAAGAUAUUAGAUAAGCAAUGUGUCAAUGUUACUGAAGAUUUCAAUCCUAUUGUAUGGGAUGAAUAUAGAAGAGUUCAGGAUGAAAGCGCGAGAGAGUUGUUUCAUUUCAAUACUGGGAAACCGAUUUGCGAAGAGAACGAAGUACGGAUUCAAGUAUCGGAACCGUUUAGCGUGUUUAAUCUUGUGACGGAUGGAAAACUGUUAAUCGAGACACCAAACACAAUACCACCUUGGACGGUAUUCGGUCCAGACAAGUACUGCAUCGACACAUUCGUCUACGAAGAUGACAAGGGUGCUCAAACAUCGAAAUUAGAUGCCUUGGUGUGCUUUGCAGAGGCAGCACGUGAGGAGCAUCAACUAUUGAGCGUUGUAUGUAUGUUAAUCUCCUGUGUUUUUAUCCUCGUCACCGUGGCUGUGUACUGCUGGCUACCAGAACUUCGGAACUUGCAUGGAAGGGUCUUGAUUGCGUAUCUGUUGAGCUUGUUCGUGGGCUUCGUCUUUCUCUCCACUAUGAAGAUCUUGCUUAUGAUUGACAAUAUUUCUCACAACUGUUGCGUCAUAUUCACCUUCAUCAUCUAUUUUUUCCUGUUGGCCGCAUUCUUCUGGCUGAAUGUCAUGUGUUUUGACAUUUGGUGGACGUUCAGCGGAAAGCGGGGUAUGACAAUGGAGAAGAUGUCACUACGGGCUCGAUUCUGCGCGUAUUCAUUGUAUGCGUUUGGAGGUCCCACUGCCUUCACUAUUCUACUCGCUUCGUUGGAAUUUUCUGACCUAUCCCCACAUCCGUUAUUGCCUUUAAUUAGGCAACAAGGGUGCUUCUUAUAUGGUAAAAGCCGACUCCUCUACCUGUAUGGUCCAAUCGUAAUUCUGUGUAUUUCAAACAUGGUAUUCUUCGUCUUAACCGCCUUGAAGAUAACUCAGAUCAAACAACAGACUUCAGUACUGAAGUCGAAGGAAAGCGCGACUCACGACUCACAUAAUCAUGAUAAACAAAGGCUUCUUCUCUACGUCAAACUCUUCAUAGUGAUGGGAGUGAACUGGUUUCUAGAAGUAAUCAGCGCUAUCUACCCAAAAGCAGAUGCUCUCUGGAAAUUCACAGAUGCCUACAACGUUCUUAUUGGCCUUAUUAUCUUCAUCAUUUUCGUUUGCAAGAGAAAAAUCUUCCGUCUCAUCAAAAAGAGGAUCAAAGAAAGAUUUCAUCGAAGCGAUACAGAAUUAUGGAAUACCAAUCAUAUAAGUGGGAGCAGAAGUAACUUUAAGGAUUAUAGACAUAGAACCAGUAUGGAAUCAAUACGAACAGAUAGCGGUUCCAAUAAAGUUGUCCAUACAACAAUUAUAUAAAGACUGAUAUCUAAUAAUGUAAAUAAGAAAACGUAAAAACAUUUUAAUAAUAAGAAACUGUUAAAAGUUAACAAUGAAGAUUCCAGUGAACACAAACUCAGAGUAAAUUCACAUAGAAUACAAAAAGACAUAGAAUAUAUUAGAAAUACUAAGUUCCUACGCAAUAAUAUCGCAUAUAAAGAAAAGUCAAUGAAGAUGAAGAAAAUAUCCCAGAACUACAUAAUAAAUACAAUAAAAUAUUAAAAUGAACUAAAGAUAUAAACAAGUCCGCGGGCAGUCGAUGUCUCGAAGUCAGACGACGAGCUCUCGCACGUUUUCAACAAAAGAUGAAGUCGCCCUUACAUCGCUAAAGAAUAAUUAAGAAUUUCCUAUUAUAUAUUAAGCAGCUUUACGCUUUGCUCUCUGGGCCUUUUUCACAAUGGGCAGCGUUGGAUGAGUAGAGACAAUCACGCUAGUUUAGAGGGCCUAUCAUCGGCCGUCAUUGUAGAUGUUUAUUCAUAUUCCCCAUAAUGGCGGCAAACAUUGACCAACGGGCCAACGCGUUUGGGCCAUUUAUUGGGCCAACGCUGCCCAUUGUUAAGAGGGCACAUUAUAAUAAUUAAGGUUUUAAAAAAAAUUACUGUUCGUUCUCUCGAUUUAAUGUGUAUAAUCCGCGCCAAUAAAUAAUCGAAUAAGUCAGCGGUAUCAUGAUGUCUCAUUCUUACUUUAGCCGACUAAAUCAUGCUAUCUCACUCACUCUAAAAAAUACAUUACCAGUUUAAUUUCAAUUAUUUAUUGGCGCGGGUUAUACCAAUUUUUUUUAAGUAAGCUUCUAGAUGUUAACAUACGAGCCAUAUUAUUUUGUAUUAUAUCUAAAAGACAUUUUUUUAUUACGUAGAUCUGAACGUUUUGUAUAUUAUUUCAAUGAUUAUUUUAGGAUACAUUCUUAUGUAAUGUGAUCUCAAUAGCAUAUAUUGUGUGUUUUAACUAAAUCUUAUCUGCCUUCUGUAAAAUAAUACGACUGCGUGAAAGAUUAUCAAAACACAAAUUUCAUUGAUAGAAUUUAAAGUUAAAAUUCCCAGUGUCCCUUUCUAAAUAAUUAUGUCGAAUCACAUAAUAUAUUAUGUAUAUUGGCUAAUGCUCACGCAAUCGUAUUAAAAAAAUAUGUAAACAUUUGGUAUCAUUCUGUAAGAAAAUAUUGUGGUACUAUAAAGUGUGGAAUAAUUGCAAAAAUGUGAUAAUUUGAUACUUUCGAAAAUAGCAACUGUUUAAAAGACAUUAUACCUACCUAGUAAUUUUUAUCAUCCAUUCAUUCCCUGUUUUUAAUUAAACGAAUCUCUAUCACAUUUUUCGCCAUAAUCCUAAUUAUAUUGAAUAUUUGUAUACAAUUUUUAGAUAUAUUAGUCAAAAUAUUAUUAUAUCAUUUACUGACAGCUCUCAGCUAUUAAUAAAUAGGUUCGCUGGUAACUAACAAUAAAAUCUAUUAACUUAUUCUAAUCUGAACUAACGAAGCAAUUCAUUUUACCAUUAUUUUACAGUCAGAUAAACUUUUUCAGUAUAUUUACCAGCGAGUUGGAGGACGGUGUACACCCAGCUUUACUCAUGACAUCACCUCAAGAAAAUGGUUGAUUUCAUAAUAAUUAAUAAAAAGGACUUAAAUGAAAUCAUAAACCUUUAAAAAUUGUUAAAACCUACGUAAAUACGUAAUGAAAUUACGUGUAAAACAGCACGAGUUUAUUAUAAAAUAGAAUAAAGAGUAUUAUACCAUUUUGUAUUAUACUUCAUGAGUCACAUUUACUCAUUUUCCUCUUAAAAUUUACCCUGAUUUGUUUGACUAAAAGUUUAUAUUAUUUAAGAGAAUACUAUAUACUAUACAAUUGAGAGCAGCAGGAUGUAGUAUUUUGACAAAUUUAAGAAUUUUGUAUGUGUGUAUUAGUUACUUAUUAUAUUAAUAUUGGAUCUGUACGUCUCAAACAUUAAUUUUAAGUCACACAGAAGUGGGAUCAAAAAUGAUGUGUCCUUCUUCGCAUCCUACAAAUCUAGCAGAUACUUUUGUUUCUCAGCGUGCUACAUACAUGAUUUAGAAGUUUAUUCUAAAUGUAAUAUUACAUUCCUUCCUCUAAUUAAUAAAGUUAAUAUGUUUAGAUAGGUAGAAUAUUCAAGAUUCUCAUAAGUCAUUAUAGAGCUUUUAUAAGGGUCUAAUGUUUUAACGUAAACAUAAUAUGAAUCCAUUACAAAUUCCUGCAAGAUAGUAAAUUACCAAAACGUCCGACCAUCAUCGGGGAAAUACACAACAUAUUCUUCAAUAUUUCUCAAGGAAUUUUGACAAGAGACCAACGUCAGCAGUUGCGUCACUUCGAUAAUACUAAAUUAUAUUUAAUUGAGCCCGCUGAGAAAAGUUAAACGCAAUAUACUAAAUAUUAUGUAAGUACUUCGUAAAGUAAUGACGCUAUUCCUUUCCUUUUUGAAGGCCAGAAACACGAAUGAUUAUCUUCUGUGUGACUUUUGUCUAAUUUAAAAAUAUGUAUUAAUUUGUAUAUGUGUAUGUGUAUAUAUAUUAAUUUAAGCAAAUACGUUAUCUAGUCCACUAAUAAGACAAUUAAGUACAUGAUAUUGAUAAAUAAUUUUAACUUUUAUAUCGUUCGCAUUUAGCCAUGUUUAUUUAUUAGGUUAAAAUACAAGCUUAUUCCAGUACUUUAAUUGUUUUAACUUUUAUUGUUAUUAUAUCGCAAAAGUAAUUACUCUUUUAAAAAUUUUAUCGUCAAAAAAUAAACGUACAUAUAUUACGGUGCAUUUAAAUCAAACGAACAUAGAGCUAGAGGUGGCUAGAGCUGCAAGAGCAUUCUUUGGAGCGUAAAGAGUCAUAGAAAUUGGAAAAAUUCAAUGCAAUCAUUUAUAAAUAAUGUUUCCUAUGAAAUACUUAAUUUAAACAUCAAAACUAAUGAGCAUUUUCACGAAUGCCGCUACAUAACGUGUACCUAGAAUUUAAUUGUAAAUUAAAAACUUAAUAUUUAUAAAUUAUGGUAUUGAAUUUAUCUCAUUUAGUCCACAAAAAAUAAGACAUAGAACUGAUAGUUGAACAAUUUGUAAGGGUGCUUUUCCAAGAAUAAUGUGCGAGCAUGUGUAGCGAGGAAGGUGUUUGAAAAUAACAAAUCAUAUCGCUUCAUUUAGUUUGAAGUUUGAGGCUGGUUGCAGAGCUUGACCGACCGUCAGUGCGUACCGUCCGCGUCGGUCCUGACGAUACGCAUCAACAAUUAUUAUUGUAUGACUAUGACACAAGCGUUUUGCGUUUAAAGCGAUAUUAUUGGUGGAAAAACACCCUAAACGUGAAAAACGUCUGAAAAUUGUGGGGAAAAAUAAGCUUAAAUUCAUUUUGCUAAUGUUAUUUUUACCUUGACUACGUAUUACUAUCUAAUGCUAAGACAUAGUUGAGCUUUGGGCACUGUUUUGUAAUACCCGCAUUUAUGAUCAAGUUAUUUGUUAUUAAAUAAAAAUAUGUUCGAAUCAAAAA